UCUGAAGAUGGAUACCACUCCGAUGGCGACUAUGGAGAGCACGACUACAGGAAUGACAUUAACGAUGAGAAAGAAAGCAAAACCAUCAUGUUACGUGGCCUUCCCAUCACGGUUACAGAGAACGAUAUUCGUGAGCUUAUUGAGUCCUUUGAAGGUCCUCAGCCUGCAGACGUGAGGCUGAUGAAAAGAAAGACAGGUGUAAGCCGUGGUUUCGCCUUCGUGGAGUUUUAUCACUUUCAAGAUGCUACCAGCUGGAUGGAAGCCAAUCAGAAAAAGCUGGUGAUUCAAGGGAAGCAGAUUGCGAUGCACUACAGCAACCCCAGGCCCAAAUUUGAGGACUGGCUUUGCAACAAGUGCUGCCUUUACAACUUCAGAAGGAGGCUCAAAUGCUUCCGCUGUGGAGCGGACAAAUUUGAUUCAGAACAGGAAGUACCACCUGGAGCAGCAGAAUCUGUUCAGUCUGUGGAUUAUUACUGUGAUACCAUCAUUCUCCGAAACAUUGCUCCUCACACAGUAGUGGAGUCCAUCAUGACUGCCUUGUCUCCAUAUGCAUCUCUGGCAGUCAAUAACAUUCGUCUAAUCAAAGACAAGCAGACUCAGCAAAACAGAGGCUUUGCGUUUGUGCAGCUGUCUUCUGCCAUGGAUGCUUCUCAACUGCUGCAGAUUUUGCAAAGCCUUCAGCCACCAUUAAAAAUUGACGGCAAAACAAUUGGUGUUGACUUUGCAAAGAGUGCCAGAAAGGACUUGCUUCUCCCAGACGGUAACAGAGUCAGCGCCUUCUCUGUGGCAAGUACAGCCAUUGCUGCAGCUCAGUGGUCGUCCACUCAGCCACAGGCUGGAGAAGGCAGCACCCUUGACUACAGCUACCUCCAGUCAGGACAGGAUGGCUACACGCAGUAUGCUCAGUACUCCCAGGAUUAUCAGCAGUACUACCAAAAUCAAGGAGGAGUGUUGGACACAGAUGCAGCUACCAUAUCAGGAGCUCCGGUCACUACCACCACAGCUGCAGUUGUGUCCCAAAGUCCCCAGUUAUAUAAUCAGCAGACAAACUCACCUGAUUCUCCGACACAGUCAGCACCGCCUACAACCAGCACUCAGGCACAGACGGCUCCCCCGACUGGCGUAGUCCCUGGAACCAAGUAUGCUGUCCCUGAUACUUCCACCUACCAAUAUGAUGAAUCUUCAGGAUAUUAUUAUGAUCCUAUAACAGGGCUCUACUAUGAUCCUAAUUCCCAGUAUUACUACAAUGCCUUAACCCAGCAGUACCUUUACUGGGAUGGCGAGAAGGAGACCUAUAUGCCUGCUGCAGAAGGGGUUGCCUACCAGCAAACUGCUACCACAACCACCACCAAAGAAGUGAAGGAGAAGAAAGAGAAGCCUAAGAGCAAAACAGCUCAACAGAUUGCAAAAGACAUGGAGCGCUGGGCAAAGAGUCUGAACAAGCAGAAAGAGAACUUCAAGAACAGCUUCCAGCCCCUGAGCACCAGGGAGGAGGAGCGGAAAGAGUCAGCAGCUGCAGAUGCAGGCUUUGCCCUCUUUGAGAAAAAGGGAGCGCUCUCUGAAAGACAGCAGAUCUUGCCAGAGGUGUUGAAAAAUGGGGACGAUGAAAAUCCGCUAAAGCGUGGCCUCGUGGCUGCCUACAGUGGCGAUAGCGAUAAUGAUGAAGACUUACUGGAAAGAAUGGAGAAUGAGGAAGAGAAGCUGACUGACUGGAAGAAGAUGGCAUGUCUGCUGUGUAGAAGGCAGUUCCCAAACAAAGACGCUCUCAUUCGGCACCAGCAGCUGUCUGACUUGCAUAAGCAAAACAUGGAUAUCUACAGGAGAUCAAAGCUUUCUGAGCAGGAGCUUGAAGCCUUGGAGCUGCGUGAGAGAGAGAUGAAAUACAGAGACAGAGCGGCUGAGAGGCGGGAGAAGUACGGCAUCCCGGAGCCCCCGGAGCCGAAGCGCAAGAAGGUCUAUGACGCUGGCACGGUCAAUUACGAGCAGCCGACCAAAGAUGGCCUGGACAACAGUAAUAUAGGCAACAAGAUGCUGCAGGCCAUGGGCUGGCGGGAAGGCUCGGGCCUGGGGCGAAAGUGUCAGGGCAUCACAGCACCCAUUGAGGCCCAGGUGCGGAUGAGAGGAGCCGGCCUGGGAGCCAAGGGCAGCUCCUAUGGCGUCUCCACGGCCGACUCGUACAAAGACGCGGUGCGGAAAGCCAUGUUCGCUCGCUUCACGGAGAUGGAGUAACCCCGCAGAGCGCUCCUUUAGCCCCAGCUGACUGUUAAACUGCAGCCUUGGUGGCCCGGCUGCAUUUCGGUUAUGGUUUAGAGUUGACCAUUUCAUUCCCUUGGACAUUUUUCCACUCUUGGCAUGUAACACUUCCAAGAGCAGAUGGUUUGAGCUGCCCCAACCUCAUGCU